AUGCCCGUGCCCUGCUUCGAGAACCUGUUCUCUGAGCUGACGUUCUACGGCAUCGCGCUCGUGUCCACGUUCUUCAUGUACACGUUCUUCCCGGAGGUGUGGCUGCACGACUUCAUGUUCAUGCACUACUUGGCCCUCUUCACCGUCCCACUGAUUCCCCUGGCCUUUGCCUACAUGCCGAUGUUCGCGUCCAGGGCGUAUCUCUUCCUGUGA